CGUAUCAUGGCCUUUCCCUAUUGGCCCUCGCUCUUGUAACGUGUCAAACCCGGAUGAUGGCGGCACCUCUCCAGGAGUUCUAUUAAAUAAACAUGAAAUGAAGCCGUGAAAGUGGAUUUAAGAGUGUAAAUAAGUCAUCAUGGACAAUAUACAGAACCUCCCGAUCGACAUACAGACCAGCAAGCUGUUAGACUGGCUGAUAGAUCGACGUCACUGCAAUCUGAAAUGGCAGAAUGGCAUCAAAGUCAUCCGAGAGAAGAUCAACGCUGCCAUGGAGGACAUGCCGGAGAACGAGGAGAUCAAGCAGCUCCUGUCAGGCUCUUACAUUCACUACUUCCACUGUUUGAGAAUUGUGGAGAUCCUGAAGGGAACGGAGGCGUCUUCCAAGAACAUAUUUGGCAGAUAUUCCUCGCAGAGAAUGAAGGACUGGCAGGAGAUCGUGUCCCUGUAUGAGGCAGAGAACAUCUACGUAGCGGAGGUGGCCAGCUUGCUGGCUCGGAACGUGAACUACGAAGGUCCGGCUCUGAGGAAGCAGCUGGCCAAAGCCAAGCAGCUCCAGCAGGAGAUGAGCCGGCGGGAAGUGGAGUGCCAGAGAUCGUCUGCAGACCUGCGGGAACGCUACUACGCCGCCUGCAAGCAGUAUGGCAUCAAAGGAGACAACGUUCCUCGUGAGCUGCAGGCUCUGGUCAAAGAUCUACCAGACGUUCUUGACAAAGUGGGGAGGGACGCAGCCCUGUUGGAGGAGAAAAUAGAAGUUUACACCACUUUCACAAACUUCGUAUGCGAGUGGUCGGAACCGGUCCUGCCCCUGCUGACGUUCGCCCAAAAACGAGGCAACGUAACCUUCUACGAGUGGCGGACCGGCAACGCUCCGGUGGUGGUGGAGAGGCCACACGUGGAGGACACGCCUCCUGAAGCGCUCGCCGAGGACGCGAUCGAUUGGGGAGACUUCAGCACUCAGGGUGCGGGCUCAGGGAUCACGGUGGAGGACGGCAUCGACUGGGGGAUCAGCCUGGAGCCCAGUUCUGAGCAGGAUGCCGGCGGCGAGAUUGACUGGGGCGACGGUGACCCCGCCCCCGUUGAGAUUGAGGUGGUCCAAGCGGGAACAGACUGUCCUGAGGGCACGGCGAGAGGCGAGGAUGCUUUGAGUAUCCUCGAGAACGCUCACUCCCGGGGCCAGUUCAUUGAUGAGCUCGUGGAGCUGGAAGCGUUCCUCAGCCAGCGCCUCAGCGAGAUGGGCCAAGAGAGCGACGUGGUGGCCAUGAGCCAGUUCCAGUCGGCGCCCGCCAUCAUCCAAGGCCAGAGCAGCGAGCACGUGCGUAGGAUGCUGAUGGAGGUGCGGGACCUGAUGGGACGGCUCACCACGCUCCAGAUGCAACACCUCUUCAUGAUCCUGGCCUCGCCGCGGUACGUGGAGCGCGUCACGGAGAUCCUGAGGCAGAAGAUGAAGCAGGCGGACAUUUUGGAGCUGAAAGCUUCCACCAUGGUUGAGAAGAGGCAGGAAGCUCUGGAGGAGCAGUCCAGACUGGAGCCUCGAGUCGACCUCCUGGUGGCACGCACACAGGAGCUCAAAAAACUGAUUGAAGCAGACAUUUCCAAGCGCUACAACAACCGGCCUGUCAACCUGAUGGGAGUCAACAUAUAGAAAGAUGAAUAAUAAUAAUAAUAAUAAUAAAGGUUUUAUUUCAUUUAAAA